AUUUUAUCAGGUAAACAUUAAAAACACUGAAAUUUUAUAAACGAAAUUUGUGAGCAAAUACCGAAAACUUGGCAGGUUACAAUAAAGAUAUAUAUCUUUAUAAAUUUUCAAACAUUGUGUUAAGUUCAAAACACUCGUUUUUGAUGUUCUUUAUAGCUUUGCACUCCGAUCCACACAAUCAGUUAUUAGUUUCAUCACAAAGGAAUGAUCAUACAAAUUAUUUAGGGAGGACGUUAAUACCACCCCCAUGCAAUUCAACAAUCUAUACAUUCAAAUUUACACAUUCCAUUCUAACAAUUUCACAAUACAUUUUCUCAAUGUUUUCUGUCUAAGCCAUUUUCCUUUGUAUAAAAACUGCUCAUAUCCAUUUAUUUUGAAAAUAAAAUACUAUGAUAGCGGGUCGUUACAGAAAACCGCUUAAUUUCCCUCUUACACGCCUUAAUGCUAUUCUAUAAUGACCAAAAGAGGCAUCUACAUAUUCUGUCAAUAGUGCUCUUCACCCCCUCAGAAAACGAACACUUACACUACAUUUGAUGUCUUUUCCUUCCAUCGUAGACGUAUCUAGGCUGAAUAGAGGCCCAUAAUCCUAAGAGGAACACAUAAAUGGAUAUGUGCAAUAUUAUAGUUAUCAUUAUCUAUAAAAUAUAUCCUUAUCUCUAUACUUACCGAUUGUUACAUCUUUUGCCAAUAUUUCCCAGUCAAUGCAAUACAAAUUUAAGAAAAAUAUUCGUAAUACUAUUUUGUUCGAACAAUUUUAAAAUAAAAUAACUCACCCUAGAACCAUCCAUCCUAAUUUUAGUUUCUGUGACCAGAUACAUUAUUUGAAGUUUCUUUGGAAAACUAUGUACCAGUCAGGCUAAUUCAGAUGUUUUCCUUCUGUUCUCUGUUUGCAUUUUAUAAGUUUCAAAAGUAAAAAUGUAUACUUGAAUAGACCAAACGAGACACUGCUCAUAUCCUCACAAUCAAUGGCCUCUUUAGAUUCCAUUUUAAUUGUACUCUUUUUUCUCUGGCUUGAAAUAAUAGGGGAGUAUAUAGUAAAACAUACUUUUUGUUGUGUUUUUGGAUUGAACUAUUGACAUUGACAUAGGAGAUAACGCACUUGCAUAUUUGGAGAACCUGCCAAAAAAAGUUAUAUAAGAAAGAGUUCUUAUAACCACACACACCCACCAAAAAUAGACACAAAAUUAAUGGGUGUGUUACGUCAGAGUACAUCAGUCACUUCUAUGAUCAAUACAUGCUUGUUUGCCCCAUAUGAAUGAACCAAAAGACCCGUAAUAUUUUGGAGAUCAAGAGGGUGAAAAAAUUAUAAAAGUGCACAAUAUGUCAAUAUAACUUAUAUUAUGUAAGAGCCAUGUUUAUUUUAAUUCCAUGCGUUGGAACCUUAAAGACACAAAAAAAAGGAUCAAGAUGAGGUUCUUCUUCUAGCUAAGUUCAGGUCCAAGUUACUAAUGAAAGUUUAAGCGUAAGAAACACUAUGUAAGCAUAUUAAAUAUCAGUAAAAUUCCCUUAGAUUACAAUAGGUCCUUUUCAGAGUCUCCUUGGAAUAAAUCUUGAGAAAAUUAUGCCAACUUUUUUUUUUGAACACAUUAUUUUUUUUGAACACAUUUUUUUUUUUGAACACAUUCUCUGAUUCCAAGUGCCAGCAGACUAUCUCUCUCGAAAUUGCGCUACAGCCUUAUUUCGCUCAUGCAUCUAUAAGACUCCCUAAAGGGCUAAUAAUACACACGCGUAACUUAAGCGUUCCCCAUUUUACUUUGUACUUGUGAGUGUAUUGGGACACGGUUAACCUGCAGAACCAAGAGGAAAAAACCAUAAGCCUCAAGACCUAAAGUGAUACUAUCUAAUUACAAGCUCAAGUGCUGAUACUAGAUACAAAAACUUACUUAUCACAGGGUCUUAUAACAAUAUAUGACUUUAUUUUUCUAAGGCUGACAAAGCCUUUGUCUGUAUCUUCUUCUCUAUUUUCCCUUUUAGAAACUUCAACAGUUACUACCAAUAUAACCCUUAAUAAAGUCAAGAGACACAAUACUUUCAUAUCCCCACCGAAAAGGCCAAGAAAGAUCUAGUGUCGCCCUAUGUUUAUUUUCGAAUUUUUAGCAAGCUUAGAUAAUUUAUAUUAAGAGUUUUUCUGGUCUACAUAACACGGAACUAUAGAAAAACAUACCAUCUUCUUUUUGGCUUGGAUUUACAAGAUUUUCUUAUGUUAAUGAUAUCCCAAUUCGAGAUAGUGCUGCCUGCCAAAAAGAUAUAAGAAAGAGUUCUUAUUAUCACUCACUCAAAGGCACAGAAGAGAAAAGGCACAAUUAAUGGGAGUGUUGCGUCAGUAACACCAAUCCCCUCUUGACGAUCACGUUUUAAAAAAUAUAUAAUGGCCUUGUGACAUCAUAAGAAAGAGACCCUACAUUAUCAAUAGGAUAAUCCCUCAAACAUAUGGACAGUAUAUGAUUGGACAAAAAAAUGAAAUCAUUAAGAGUUUUAAUAUUGUGAGUGUGAUAUCGCGUGGACACACCACAGUGUUUAGCUUAUAUAUGUAGUGGCCAGAGCAUGCCAUGGUGAAGCAAGCUGAGAAAGAACAUUAUAGUAACAUUAGUGAUAAAGAGAGACAGAGAGAGAACAAGAAGAAAGAGAUGAAUAUGAUGCAAGAGGAAAACCGAAAGGGUCCAUGGACAGAACAAGAAGACAUCAUUCUGGUAAAUUUCGUACACUUAUUUGGAGAUCGGCGAUGGGAUUUUAUAGCAAAAGUAUCAGGUUUGAACAGAACAGGAAAGAGUUGCAGGCUAAGGUGGGUUAACUAUCUUCAUCCUGGUCUCAAACGUGGCAAGAUGACACCACAAGAAGAGCGUCUUGUCACUGAGCUUCACGCUAAAUGGGGAAACAGGUGGUCAAAAAUAGCUCGGAAAUUGCCAGGAAGAACAGAUAAUGAGAUAAAGAAUUACUGGAGGACUCAUAUGAGGAAGAAAGCUCAAGAAAAGAAGCGUCAUGUUUCUCCAAGUUCUUCAUGUUCCAACUGCUGCUCUUCGUCUAUGACCACUACCAAUACUCAAGAUGUGUCUUUUGAGUCACGUAUGUCGUCAGGGAAAGUAAGCUUUUACGACACUGGAGGAAAUAGGGAGAUGAAUCAAGAAGAAACCAAAGACGGAUACUCAAUGGAUGAUAUAUGGAAAGAGAUUGAUCACUCUGCAGUAAACAUAAUUCAACCAGUUAAAGACAUCUAUUUAGAGCAAAGCUAUUGCUUAAGUUACCCCAAUAUGGCUUCUCCAACAUGGGAAAGCUCCUUGGAUUCUAUAUGGAAGAUGGAAGAAGAUAAAAGUAAGAUGUCUUCCUUUGGAAAUGAUCAGUUUCCUUUCUGUUUCCAACACAGUAGAUCACCAUGGUCUUCAGGUUAAUUAGGAUUCCAUUCAUUCGUUGAAAAUCUAUAUAUAUUGUAUGUUAUAUAGUUAUAUAAAUACAGAAUAAAACCUAACGACUGUAAUCGCUUUGUUGAUGAACAAAAAAAGAACAUCCUAAGUCUCUGUAAUAAAUAUCUCAUGUGUAGUUUUGUGCUUUGUUUUUUAUUUCGUUUUUUUUUUCGGUCAA